AUGGCCAGCGCGUCACACUCUCAAUCUUCCUCCCAGAUGCCCGGUCACGAGUCGCCGGCAAAGACCCCCGAGUCACCCGAGUCACCCAUUCUUCCCGUUCCACAGGCGGAGAUAACCAGAAACAAUCCUCUGAAACCCGUCUUUCCCGACACCAUGGCAGAUGCACAGACUGCCUUUUCCAAGCAUCAAGGCAAUCGCCCGCAGGUCAAGACCCCAGAGCCUCGCCAGUCCAGAGAUCGUCUGAACGGCCACAAAGACCCCGGCGAAAGAUCUCCUAGCACACCUGGACAUCUGGCACCCUUUGACUGGGAUGAAUUCGAGGCUCGCUACGAAGAGGCGCUUGCCAACGCCGAUCGCGAUGAGCAGGAACUCGUGCGAGAAUUUGAGGAACUAGUCAAGGUGAACCAAGCCCAAAUGUUUGGCCUAUGCGGUGGACCUUUGCUGACAGCGUCGCACAGUUUUUCAAUGUUUGGGCUUCUGCUGCCUCGGUCAAUGAUACUGAGCGUGGGAUAA